AUGAGUAAUUGCUCGGAGCACACGGAUUAUUACGUCGAUCGCGACAGGAUUUUGCCAGAAAAUUAUGGCAAAAGCGGAGAACCACCGAUUUACCAUGAUAUUAUAGCAGAGAGUAAACAUAAAUAUAAACUUCAGGUUCUCCAGGUAUGCAUAGGGCUAUUGAUAUUUUAUCAAUCUUACUAUAUGCACUAUGGAUCCCUCAACCUUUACAAUCUCUCAGUAACUACACCUUGGGAAGUCUUCUGGCCGUUGGUAUUGUAUUCCGUGGGCUAUGUCGGGUCCAUCCUGUUGGCCGGCAGGUGGGCGUCCCAUCACAGCCCCCAGCGGCUUCUCAGCCACGGCCUGAUCUUGAACGGUGUGCUGCACUGCGUCUACGCGAUAAUGAUCCACCUAUGGCCGUACCACCCGUACAAUUACCCGGCGGUUACGUAUCUGCUGUACAAACCCUGGCACGUGCUGCACGGCGUGGUCAAUUCGUUCUUCCUACCCAGCGCCUACACCAUCUUGGCGCGCAACGUGCCCGCACGCUAUCGAGCCACCGUGGGCUCCUUGGUGCUGUCGAUGAAGUGGUUUAUUUUGCCCUUUUCGUGGCUGAUCUCGUGCGUCUUAUACAACACAGCCUUCAUGGUCUUUGCCUUUAUAACCGUGACUCUGGGUUCAAUUUACAUCUGGAUCACCCGCAACAAAAACGACUCCUACGAAUUCGUCGACCAGAAGAGCCCGAAUUACAGACCGCUGGUACCGUGGUCAGAGAUGUUUAGGUCGCUACCCGUGUGGACUCUCAUCGUCACCCAUGCAGUCUACUUCGCCACGCAAUUCUACUCGCCACUCGGUCAGACCAUGACCGUCAAUUUUUACCAUCUAACCACGUACGAAGAGCUGAGACUCCUGCAGUUUGAGCGAAUCGUUUCCGAGCUUCCGCGCUUCUUCGUGGGGAUCGCGUGCACUAUGCUCUCGGGCUGCCUCUCGGACUGGCUGGUGGCGAAAGGCCGCUUGACCAGAGACAGAUCCCGCAAGGUCUUUCAGUUUUUGGGCGGAGCGGUGCCGAUGGGCGGCCUCAUACUCCUCAGAGUCCUCUACGUCUCCUCCUUUCAUACCUACUAUCAACAAGAUGUCUUUAAUGUGGUGAAAUUGGGCGUGCUGGUGUUUGGGGGGCUGGCUUGCGUCCAGUCCAGUGGCUUCUUGAUCAAUCACAUGGACCUGAGUCCGUACUACGCCGGUUUGCUCGUUGCCAUUUCCGAAGUCGCGAAUCAAGUGGUCAUGUGUUUGCUCAUCUGGAUCUUCGGCUUCUACUCAUCCGAUGCCCUGACCAUAAUUCAGAUGAUCGCGGUUCCCAUUUUCUGCAUAUUCGCCAGUUUCUUCUUCUUGAUUUGCGCUAGAACAGAUAUUCAGAAUUGGAGCCCGAUCCCGUUGUCGUUGUUCCAAAGCCGUCAACCGACCUACGUUGGACCCCUGCAAAAUCCAUUUCAUCCGAGCGAUCUCUAA